AUGACUUUGAAGAAUGAUGCGAAAAAUAAAAACGUAAAAAAUAAUGUGAACAGUUCUGGGGGUAACAACAGCAGCAGUGGUGCUACCAAUCAAGCAACUGUUGUUGAAAGUAAUCGAUCGGGAAACAGAAGCACCGCAGCAGAAUCGAGGGGGGAGAGACGGGACAGAAGAAGCAGAAACGCACAGAUUAGCGCUAUCGCCAGUAGCUAUAUCGAUGAUGUAGGGAAUGCGAAAAAGGGUACAAAUGACAGCGAAGUGAUUGAUAAGGAAGUAAAGGAGAGUACUACUUCCCUGAGCGGAGACACUUUAAAACGAAGCAACGCAAAUGAGAAAGCAUCCGAGCAAAUAUCCGCAGAGCGAAGCACCCAGGAUUGUACCACCGUACAUGUUAACGACAUCGUUAGUGGUACACAGAUUGGGGAUGACAAUGCAGAUGUGCAAUCCAUCGCGGAAUUGAGCUCAUGUCAAACAAGGAACGAAAAGGAUGAUAUACGUGGGGAUAGCAAAGACAAGAAGGGAAAACACCAUAGUAUUAUUCCUCCCCAGGGUGAAGAUAGUAGCAUCCCAAAGGGAGAAAAAACAAAUCCUAUAAAAGAUCAAAAUGGAGAAAAAAAACACAAUAAUCCAGUCGCACAAGAAGAAGUGGCAGUUGUUCCCCUUAAGAGGUCGAGGAGGAGACCAAUAAGGAACUACAAGUACGACAUAUUUUUUCAAGAAGAAAGUACAAGAAGCAUGGCAGGAUAUAGCAACACGGAGGGAUCUAACAGGAAAAAGAAAAAAGUGGAAGUACAGAAAAACUUAGUGGAUAAUACGUCCCAACUGAAUUGUAAAGAUAAAAAAAGUAGCAUUCUCGCCAGUGAGGAAGACAAAGUAGCGACUAGCAUUUGUGUGAGCAAUUCUAGAAAGGCAGGCGCUUUGGGGAAAAAUACCGAUCAGCUUGUCAACAUAAAAUCUGUUCCUAGUUUGACAAAAAAUGAAGAAGUUGCUCAAAAACCGGAGCACUGUUACUGCAAUGUUUUGGGCAAUGAUGUUUUAGCGGAUGCGGUAGAAAAUGCUGCACACAAUUUGUGCAUUCCUCCUGUUAGCAAUUCCACCACGGAUGAUAAUGCCAACCGAUGCAGUGCCCCCACUUCUGCGGUAAAGAGCACUGACACCAGCAGCUACGAUUUAUCUGUGGUGAAUAAAAAUAUGUGGAAUGAUGCAGAUAGGAAGGAGAUUGUAAAAGCGGAGGGAGAGCAGAUCGCAGUGGAAACUGUUCAAGAAGUUAGAGCAGUUGACCUGGACAGCUCUGUACAUGGUUUUGAGAAGGGAAGACCACACAGAAGUAGGGGCAAAGGUAAAGGAGGAUGGGGAAGAGGCAGAGGAAGAGAUAAAUUGAGGAGCAAGAAAAUGGAGUACACUGAAGAACAACCGUAUAGCAUUAACAAUAACGACCUCAUGGUGAGUGACGCGAAAAAUACUUUUCCUAACGUAACCGAUCAAGGUGGAAUGACCGCCCUUCCUGUUAGUGAAGAUGCUCAGCAGAACGUUGUAGCCACCCCCCCCGUUGAGAAGAAAAAAAGAGGAAGAAAGAAGAAAAUACAAAACAGUAAUGCUCAAGAGAGUAUCCUCAAUGCAAGCUUAAAUGAAAAUGGGAGGGAACAGAAGAGUUCCGUGAGACCUCCCAUUCUUGAUAAUAGCAAACGAAGGAGAAGUGACGUUUUGUUCGACAUGAGCAACACACCAGGUGAUGCAGAUACGAUUAAUUUGCAUAUUCCCCCAAGGGCGUCAUCCAUGUUGCAAGAGAAGCAUCUACCCCAUUUGAAAAACCCCAAAGCUGACAUAAACAGCAGCGUUGUUCAUAGAAGCAACACCCCUGCAAGGAGAAAAGUGAAGGACGAGAAGAAUAAAGAAUUCUUGUACAGCGGAAAUAGCACUCUCGGUGUGGCUACCUCGGCUGAUACGAAUUCGGGUAAUGUGGUCAAUCCUUCGAGCAGUAGUCAUCACUUGGGCCAGGCUGGUCACCUAGAUUAUGCAAGUGGAAAAAAUGGAAGAAAAAAGAAAUGCAUUAAAAAGGGAAAAGAUGGUAGAGGUAGGAAGAAAUCAAGAGGACGUAGUCACAAAAGUGGCAAUGCUAAUGUGUUACUGGAAAGUGAAUCGGCUAACGCUGACUAUGACAAAAAUAGUAGUAAUUACUGCGAUAGUGACAACAAGAGACUCUUCCCAAAUGAGACGUUUCAAAUUAAAGAAGAAUUUAUGAACAACGUAAAUAGCCUCAAUACAGUAUUCAAUUUCAACGACGAGUUUUUAAAAUUUUUAAAAAAAAUUAGCAAAGUGGAUGAUAUUGAUUAUGAUGUUAUGUUGCCCUUUUUGGGGGAGGUACAAGGUAAGCUAACCAAAGAUAUUAAGCAGCAAUUCACACCCCACUCCUUAGAUUCCCACAACGUAGAUGAAGCUGUCUACGCCAUGGGAUACAUAGUAGACAUACUAAAUAAUAAUAAUGAAAUUUUAAACAAGCUAAACCAGCUAGAGUAUAAAUUUUAUUAUGACUACCUGCGGAAGAGAUCAUGUAAGGAAGGAAAUAAACAAAAGAAUUAUGGCCACAAAAUAGAGAAUGAAAUUGCCCUAAAUAUUGCUCGAAUUCCUAGAGAUAUUAACAACGAGUGCUGUGCCAAAAUUCAAAGCAACGAUUUAGAUGAUGACAACACAGUGAACAACGAGUCUAGUAAAAGCUUUAACGAAAUUGAUGAUGAGGAAGAAAGGAAAUUGAACGAGCUUCUCUACUGCGCCAAUAAAGAAAUGGAUGAUAUUUAUAAUAUACCCACUUGUGCUGAUAUGUAUUUUAUGAAUUACAACGAGGAAGACGAUUUUCAUCACAUUAAUGAACGCAGCUUGAAUUUAAAAAAUGAUUAUGGCAGCAAUACUAUUCUGCCGAAUUCUAGUGUUGUGGGGGAGAAACUACAUCAUGAAAACGGUGGAACGGUAGGUGAAAGGAGCUUUCUCUCUCAUCCAAGCAGUGGGGUUGCACCCCAUGUGACGCAGUGCACUGGGGAGGAGAGGCAACAUGGGGAGGAAAGAGAAAAACAGGGAAAUGAAGCGAACGGAGAACCACACAACACAAACAGAUUUGCAAAAAACGAAACGGGAGAAGACAGCAACAUGGAGGGAAGAAAGAUCAUAAGCAGCUGCAGUGGGGAAAUGCAAGAGGGAGAAGAAGGACCACCCCAAGUUGCGGCAAAGUGUACGAAUAAAACAGACCAUAAUGCAGAAAACGAAAAAAUAAGCAAAAAAAUAAACGAUAUGCAAAACGAAAAGAAUGUUAACAAGAACGACAAUCAGUUUAAGUACCCCCCUAAGUUGACCAAACAGAACAACGUCGAUUUUGUUUGCGAUGAGUUGAACAAGCUCAUAAAGCAUACUCUGAAGAAUGAAGACUUGUUCUACUCGAAUUAUUCCCAGGGGAGAUAUAAAAAUGUAAAUGAAGAAAGCUUGUUUAAGCAUUACAUAUCGACGAAAUUGUAUAAGAGCACCAACUUGGUUGACAGGUAUAGGGAGGAGCAGAAGGAGAGGAGCCUUCCGAGCCACAGGGCAUUCAGAGGUAGACAGAUGGGGGCCAAUGAAGGUGUCAGCAGAAAGGUCGACGAGCGGGAAAAAACGCUGAUGCAAAGUUAUGCCGAUUAUUUUAGACGACUGAACGAUGUGUCCAGCAGGGGGCGCACUGGGGAAAGCGGCAAAGGUGGAAAGGAUGGCAUAUGUGGAAAAGGCGGCAUAUGUGGAAAAGGCGGCACAUGUGGAAGAAGUGGUCAUGCGCAACUGGGUCAUUCCACUAAUGACCAGUUAGAAGCCCGCUCAGACGCUACUGGCGCAAUUUUAUCGCAUGCAGAUGAUAACACGGAAAAAAAGUGUGCCGACCACGAGGAAAGGUCAUCACCCUGUGGGGAUGCAAAAAAGGACCAGGUAGUGGGCUGUCCAAAGUUGGAAAAUAAUUAUAACCAGAAUGGUGGAGGUAAUGAUUACUGGAAGGAAAGACAUCUGAGAAACAACAGCAAUAAUAUCAGCAUAGUGAGUAGCACCAUCGGGGAAAUUUCCUAUGGUGUUUCGGCUCUUUCGAGUGAGGACACUACCCCUGUGAAGGAGAAGCACCCGGAUGAGGCUGAUGAUAAUACGAAUUGCGUUAGCACUAAUUUACAAGUCAGCGUUAAAACGGAGCCAAUGGACAAAUUAGAAAAGCAUGAGAGAAGGAAUGACGACUCGGGAAAAAAACAACAGAACAACGGUUUAAGUAGUGAGGAACGGAUGCAUGAUGAACCGAAAGGCACAAAUCCGCAGAGUGGAAGUAUCCAGAAAGAGGAAGCACAAAAGAAGGACGAACAUGAAAAAAAAACAUUCGGGUUUGCGAACAUUUUUCCCUUUUUUAAGAAAAACGUAAAGGCGAAUGAACCGGCUGGCAAUAAUAAUCCCGACGAUGUCGACAAGGCUGACGCUGUUGACGGCGAUGACAACAAAGACAAUGUUUAUGAUCUUGCCAAGCAAAGAGAUGACCCCGCUGUGAAGAAGGAAACCGACGCGGAGUUAGAGACUCCCAACCUCAGAGAUGGUGUUGGCGCCACCGAGAAAGGCCUAGCAGAUGAGAAACCCAAAAUUGACGGAGAAAAUAUCAAUGCCUCCAUAAAAACACACGAUGAGGAAACCAAAGUUUGUGCCCCCUUCGAAGGCAACAGCAACUCUUUAGACACUUCCAAUCGGAGCGAAAAAAACAAGACGGGAAAAGGCGCGACAGAUGUGUCUCUACGUCAAUAUGGUAGCGGUAUUACAGAAUACAAGACCUCACCCAGAACGUGUGCCCACUCUUUAAGCCAUAUGAAUGAAACGCGCGAAAAGAACAUCGACACUCUGCUGAAGGAGACAUUUCAUUUAAAGGAUAACGAAUUUAUGAGCAUAAAGAGGGACAAAACGCAGAAGGAAAUUUUAAAUUGCCUUAGAAUGGUGUCCCAAAUUAAGAAAAUAUUUUUUGACGAGUGCUCAAAAAUGAUUAAUGACCAGAUUUAUGUCCUCGAGAAAAAUUUUAGGAUACCGGACUGCUCCUUGUCGAUAUUGAAAAAUUCGUUUGGCUACAAUGAUGGCAAGUGA